AUGAGUGCCAAACGCCGUGUUGCUGUCAUUGGUUCGGGUAACUGGGGCUCCACAAUCGGAAAAAUAGUUGGAAAUAACGUUUUGAAUCUGGAAAACUUCGAGGAUGAGGCACCAUUUGAUUUGAACUUUUAUUAAUUCUUGUAGGUCAAAAUGUGGGUGUUUGAUGAAAUUGUGAACGGAAAAAAACUGACGGAGAUCAUAAACACAUCACAUGAAAAUAUAAAAUACCUUCCUGGCAUCAGACUUCCUCCAAAUGUCAUUGCGGAUCCAGACCUUGCUAACUGCGCGAAGGAUGCCGACGUCCUAUUGUUCGUCGUACCACAUCAAUUUUUGGCGAAGGCCUGUGACACCAUCAAGCCAGUCUUAAAGCCAGGGGCUUACGGGUGUUCGCUCAUUAAGGUACAGUCCUUCUUAUUUUCCGGCACUCUAGUUGUUACAAACAAUUAUUUUUCAUCACGUUAAGAUAAAAAAACUGAAAACUUUAAAAAUCUUGCAUUUUCCCAUUUUUUAAAGUCGUUUAGAUUUUCGAGGAAUAAUUUAUCCCCUUCACCUUGUACAGUGACUGCAUGCAUUGGUCUCACGGCCAUUGAGCACUAGAACUGUUUGUCCUGCCAUUCACUCCACAGCGAUAGAUUUUUAUCUAUACUUUUGAGGGUGCUGUGCGUGGUUUUGACUGUGUCGAUCUUGCAUAUGCAUAUUGUCCGACCUACCCUGGUUACACGUGCGGUACUGAUCGGUUACAAUCAGACCACUAUAAUAUACGACACGUACUCUUGCCUGAAUGAAGUAGCCAACUCUAUGGGUUCGAUUUGUAACUGUAAUCACUUACUUGAAGGAGGCGAUCUUCAUGAAAAGAACCGCCAGUUUGGAAGAAUGGACACUGUCAAGCGUCUGAACUAGUGUUGUUGCAUAACCCAAGUAUGUACGACGUAGUCGUUUGAAGUAGUCUUGCUCCCAAGAUUUUUACCAAUUUUCGCGUUAUCUGUUUGAGCACAAAGACUCGCGUUUUCCGGGCAUAAUCGGGACUGUUCUCUGCGGCCGUGCAUAUACAAGGCGAAUAAAGUAACAUUUUCCUGACCGCCAUUUUUUAAGAUUGGUCCCCAAUAACGUACUCGGCGCUGAGUGUGUCAGCGUCUAGAUAAUAUUCAAGGACAUCGGAGGAAGACGGUUGGAGUGGCAUUCGCACAAUUCGUGGCCGUCAUCUUGCAUCUGCCCCUCUAGAGGCAGCAAACACGCCAGUCGAAGGCAUACUUUGAUGCAAUCCUAGAUACUGAGUUGGUUGUUGGGACCCCAAUGUAUCGGCCUCACCACCGAAGAAAUUAAGUCUAACCUACUUUCUAUAGGAAUGGUUGCAGAGUAAGACAUGUGUGCCUUAUGAUUUGUGGCGUAGUCGGGGCUUAGAAAAGUGUCAGCCCCCCUAGUUGACGCUCUUGCUCAAUCGUCUGCAAGUAUACAGUAGUGAAUAUCUUGCGAUUAUGGUGGCCCCGUGAAGUCAUUGACACUUGUCUUUGACAGAUAGGCGUGCUUAAGGUUAUGAAAGUUUUCGAACUAUACUUAAAACUACAAGAAACAGUUGGGGGGAAGUCUAUGAAGUAAUUUGUAAUCAUCAUUUAAUAAUCUUAGUUAAAAUCCGCGCUUCAGCAAUGUCUCAAAAUGUGGUGAUUUCUACUUGUUUAUCAAAGGGUUGGCGCGCCUUAGUUUUCAUAUUAAAUUGUAAACAUAGUCACUAAAUAGACCGUUUGGUCUUAGUAUGUCUAUUUAUUGAAAAGAUCUGAUUUGGAAAGUACGUCGGCAAAAAACAUCAGUAUACGGUCCGUCGUGUGGAACAUUCUUGGGGUUAUGCGUCGAGCAUAUCUGCCACAACCCAACAAGUUUGCAUUUUGGGUCCUGGCAAUUUUUUAGAUCGGACCGAAUUCCGGUUAGCUAACAGCACUGACGUGGAUAUAAGCCCUUCCAGCUAAGACAGUAAAGGUUAGAGCGGAUGAUAACGUUUCUCGGUAUGACCUAAUGACAGGACUGAAUACUGCUGCUUAGUGCUAGUUGGGCGAUUAUCCUGCGCCUGAGAUCUUGACCUAGCACAUUGUCAUUUAUUGUCUGGAGCUUGUUCUCGUCAAUACCUCUUCCCUCUAAACAAAGUAUGAAUUCUGAGUCACAUAAUUUUCAGUUGUUGUUUCUGGCAAAUUUUAUUCCUAUUGUUGGAGAAGCUGUGUGUCGUUCGCAAAUUCUCCUUCUCUGGUAGGCUUUUUACAUCCUUUCCUGUAUGACAGUGCUUUUUUAGCUCUAUCGCUUUACAUCCGGUUGUUGUCUCAGGCCCAUAAGUAUUAGUAAUCAGAAGCUGCACUUGCCCGUAGAUGGAAAUAUAGGGUACGUUUUUUAAUUUUUAGGCAACAUUGCAACUUGAGAUGAUCACCCCUUUAAUUCUUUGGCCCCCCUUAAAAACAACACCCCUCCCAUAUCUCGGUCGGACCUAAGUGUGCUUCUAACGCGUUGUCACGACCUAGUUUUGGGAGGUUAUGAACUCAUAACAUUAUCUUGCCGACUUUUGAAAUACCUUAGGGAUUAGACGAAAAGCCGGGUGUCGGAGUGAGACUCCUUACCGACCUCAUCCGUGAACGACUUCAGAUUCCCUGCGCAGUUCUUAUGGGUGCCAACCUGGCAAACGAAGUCUCUCAGGAGAUGUUCUGUGAAGCAACUGUGGCCUCACUUGACCCGGCACGGGGCAAGGAAUUGAAAUCUCUGUUUCAGGUGACUUCGUAUGUUCUCUUUGCCCACCUGGAUUGGCGUUUUAACCACACUCUCGGUUCACUUAUCUUAUAUGAGUCUAUUUUAAACUGGGGAUAUUUAUCCCCAUGCCCUGUUGCGCCGGAAAAUGGCCCAUUUGGCUCAUUUUCCAGCACUUGCCGACUGAAAGUGAAUAUGCAGCUCGCUACAUUUCGUUGUAGACUGGUUAUUUUCGAAGCCCAGAUAGAUUAAACUCGCCGUUGACAUUCUGUUGACGCUGCUGCGCUAACUGACUUUGAUAUUCAUAUUCGCUCGAGUUUAAGUUAAAAAAAACACCGGUUUAAUAUAUUUGGUUCCUCGAUAAACUCCCUCGACCAGCCCUUGUGUUGGUUUACUGGAACGAAGUGUUCAAAAGAACGCAAAUAAGUCAUUGGACUGACUGAACAACCAAUCCUCGAUCGAUAGAUAUCCGAUUUUCAGCCUUAUUUCGACAUUUAGAUUAUCUCAAAACCGUAAUUAUAAUUCGAGCAGUUGACGACGUGCAUAUGCAUGUAAGAAGCGGCUUAUUUUGGGGUAUGGGUGAUCACACAGUCAUGCAAAGUAGCUAUCGUUAUCAGAGCCCACCUUUAGUAAAGGUAAUAAGAAGAUGACGACCAACAAAUGUCCUGGAUCCUGCUCUUGGCUUACAAUAUCAAGUUUACGCUUCUAGCCCUGGAUUCACUCAGAAAUCUCAAAGAUUGAGCAAAUGCAACGACGGCUACGCUUAUCGAUCCGCAUCUACCUCAUCAAGGGCUUAAACCGUUAUAUGACGUUGAGCCGCCCCAGGACCAAUCGCUAUCGUAGUCCAGAAGAUUUUAGGGAAACUUGGCAAUGUUACAUUAUUUGCCAUAUGGACAGCACAGGUGCUAGCUAAAAGUCAUGUCACAUGGUUCGUCGAUCUUUUGUCGCUUCCUGACACAGCUGCGAAUGCUUCGGCUCAUCAGUGAGUCCACCAGCGUUUCCCGGCUGCUUUUUUGUAGAUACUCCAGUUUGAAGUUCCUGCCUUUUAAACUCCUCAGAAAUCCAUGCUCUAAUUUGGAGCAAGUCAUCUGCUGUGGACCUUUAUAAUUCCAGUCCAAAAGUUGAUAUGAAUAUUUGAGCGGAAAUCCAUCAGCUUCAACGGGGCAACAGCGCAAUACUUGUAAGCUGGACAGUUUGUUUCCUGGCAAGGCCGACUUUAUCAGCUUGUUGAGACUCGAUGAAGAGUUCAGGUGCUCAGCCUUUUGAAUAAUUUAUUACCUUUUUGUGUCGUGCUAUGUAAGUCUGCGAUCCAAAAAGAACUUUUGAGAAGGACGGCGGCCGUGUCAAGGCCCUCAUAUUCAAGCUGAAAAUCAGUUUUCUAAAGUGGGCCUCAAACUGGACUUGAAAAAAAGAUCAGACAUGAUAUGUAUCAAGAGAGAACAUUAGGCAGAACGAAAAACUUAUUUCGAGUCGUGUCAGGCGUACGCCGACCGCUAGCGUAAGUUGGAGGCUAGAGACAGCUUAGCAACAGGUGCAAGUUAGCAGACAAUCCGCUCAGAGGCCUAGCUUAGACCUAAAAGUUUGACAAGUAACUAGCUUGGAAGGAUCAUUUCCCCAUCUUCAUAUAUGACUUAACUGACUUACUCUCACACCUCCACUGAUAUUCUUUUACCAAAAUAAAGCUUUAUAGAAGAAAUAAACAUGUUUGAUGUUGGGUUUUCAUGUGGCCGACCUGUUACUUUCGGACGACUCGCUCGCUUAUGUAACUAAUAAUACGCAAUAAGGACUCUUAAAACUGCGGUGCCAACUUAAGUUUGUGAACAGGCCCAAUCACGAGAAUUCAGUGGUACUUCGCUCUUGUACAUAAGGCUAAAGUAAUGGAAGAUCGCGAGCAGGUUUCGAUACCGAGGGUGCUAACCGUUUUUUAUACUACCGAAUCCCCACAGCAUACCGGAUCCAAGAAGCACCUGAAUUUAGGGAUUUAGGUCGUAUUUUUUUGAUCUGGGGUUAAACUUGGUUGAAAAGCUAACCGAAAGUGAAAAUAUUAAGGGUUGAAUUCACAAGCAGUGGGUAACUUUUGUAAGGCCUAAUUUCGCAACGAUUUUUUUUCUGAAAAUUGGUAAAGUUGCCGUCUCUACCUUCGUAUCUGUCUCUCAGCUGAAGCUCUGAUAGAACACAGAUUUGAUUUCCCACAGUAAGUUUGCCUUACACGUUUGGGGGAAUGAAAGUGACAAAAACGUCUGUCUCCGCCAGGAGGGUCCAAAGUCAAAAAAUGCCGGCCACGGCUCGGGAGCGCAAUGCCGUUCGUAAGUACUUGUCAGGUCUCUCCGACCUUGACCCCCUGACCGCUGCAGUAGCCAAACUGUUUAGUACAUAGGUCUCCGCGUCAACCGACGUUUCUCGCUGAACCGUGCGCCUGCAUGCGAUUAAAGUGCACCAUGCCACUUGGAGUCUGGUGACCACUAUGAGGUUUGACGCCCGAUGAGGUUGCCUAUCGUAUUUGCCUGGCCCACUGAUACCCCAAAGAGCUGUGUGACUUUGACAAUGUAGAAUCUGUACCGAGACACCUGCUGACCGAUUUUGACUACACUGAAGAGAUCGCCCUGCUACCCUCGAGCUGCAUUGUCCCACACAGUGUGGGUCAGCCGAGAACCGGACUGCUCUCAAUCCUUCGAGUUACGAAUGGUUUCUUGUACCUUCAGCCUUCGCCGUUGGAGAAGAAGGUUUGCGAGUUCGCCGUGCGUAGAUUGGCACACUCCACACAUUGGGGUUGCCAAGUACAAGUACUUACGUUUUCUUCCUUAGAAGGAGGCAUUUCAACAUUCCUUCCCCUCAAGCAGUGCCAGCACAUCCACAGGCCAGUAAUUCUUACCAAGCAUUUUUAGGGUCAUGGAGUAGAUACUAUAUCCUAUCUUCGGAUUAAUCGACACAUGUCAGUUGAAAUAUUUUCCGUAACAAACCUUUAGUGUCUGUCAUUUCUACUAAUCAUAGACAGUUAAUCGCAAACCUCCCAAACGCAUGUGCUGUUCGCACUCCACUUUGGAAUAUGGCCUGCCUGCAUGGGAGAGGGAAGAGAGAGUGACGUCGACGCUGGGUAAUCUGUCCACACUCCACAUCAGCGCAUUCCUCACAAUAAUAAGUUUAACGCGCAUUGUAAUUAUCACGAUGUGCUAAAAGUGCUAGCUUUGAAGGCUGGCAGCUGACUGGAUAACUCGGCCCACGUGGUCAGUACUGUGUGUAUGUGGCGCGACUGGCUCGAUGACUGGGAGUCAGGCUCGACGGCUCCUUAAUUUGGCCUUCAUGCCAAUUUCACGAACUUGAGAUACAGGCCUCCUUUUUAUGAAAAAUCCGUACAUUUAGCGGGGGCCAGGUCGUGUGUGACACGCGCAGACGGGCUGCUUAGCAGUAUCAGCCACUGCGCCAAAAGCCCAUCUCCAGUUGUCUUGACAUUAUCUUAUCGCUGGAGCCUGGUGGGUGAGAUAGGUGAGACUGCGGCAGACGCUACGCAAAUUUGUUUCACUAGAAAGUAAAUUAAGCGUUAGUCAUCGAUGCUGCGUCUACUCCGUGGGGCACACGGAGGAAAUCGUCGGGCGCAACGCUUGGUCUGUUGCAAAUAUUAUCAAAAGAUGAGGGACACGGAGGUGUCCGUUUCUGUCUUAUUUGUCGUGGCCACUAACUCACCCCAAACCGGAAACAUCCGAAUCUAAACCCCAGGCUCCUUGUCCUGUCGGCUACUGUCAGAAAUAGCCAAGGCCACAUGGGAGCAACGUCGACCGAUCCGUCUUGAUUGCGGGACGGAAUACGGGUAGUUCGUCUUGCUCUGGUGCUCCGCUCUAGAGCCUUUGUGGACGGUCAUAUGACUUUGAAUCGGAGUUCUUAGGGAAAGCGAAGCGUCUGCAUGGUGUCCUGUAGUCGGAGCACAUCGGCAAAUGUCACUUUGUUGGACCACGCGAAUACACCCAAGCUUCUGACUGCUUAAAAUGAGCGCUCUCACACAGUUUAUCAAUUCUAACAGAAGUGCUGCUUCUCCAUAAUUUGGGCCCACCGUUUACACUAACGAAAGAGUGCUUAAUGACCGUUUUAGGUCUAUGUGGAGCUUUGGCAAAAGCAGCACUGCAAGAUUAGUUGAUCCGUCGACUUCAGGAAUCCCAUCAGCGGAUUCUUGAACGAACCAUCAUCCAGAGACCUUGCAUCCUCAAAAAGUCGUUUUUAAAGGAGAUAGUGUUCGCCUUUCCUUAUGUUAGUCAUUCAGGUAAGUUGUUGCGGGACAAAAAUUUAUCCGACGUUAAAUGUACUUCACGUUAUCCGGUGACUGUAGGACUUUGUAAUAGUCGUCACAAUAAAGUCUUUUCGGCAAGCCAACUAACUCUCGCUUCCAGGUUUUUGCGGCGACCUCGUCAAUCGUUGGUGGAGUCUUUUGAUGAACUAGGACUACCUUUUUAAAAUUUGUGACAACCUGUGUACCGCGAUACGAGUCCAGAGUUUACUAACUUUUAUAGAAUGCCUUCAGUGAAGACAGGGGUCGAGCAUUAGUGAAUACGCCAGCGUUGAGCGUUUGACUCGUGCGUGAGUACCAAAUACUGGCUUACUGGCUAGUACGCUCGUGGCCUCAGCCUUCUGCGCCGUCGAUUGUCCGAAGACUACAGGGACGCUUGACGUUAACUGCUGAUUUCUGAAUUAUAAUGAGUGUGCUGAGGGUUGAGAAAGUGCAAAAAACCGAGCUUUCAGGUGGUAGGCAAGAAGGGAAACCGGCUAGAUCGCAGUUGGUAGCCAGGCCCCGUAUUACAAGUGGCUGGGGGUUUGUUUACUGGAGCUAUUUUGUGGGGUUCCAUAAUCGCAUCCGACCCAUUGGGCUUCCGUUCUACGUUUGCGGUUAGGAUAAGGGUACCGUUAAUGGUUUCCGAUUUUCGGGUUAGGGUUAUGCCUUGGGCUUAGGUUUUCGGGUUGCGGUUAGGGUUUAAGCGUAAGGAGACAACCUCCGGAAGAACGGAUUUAUCUGAAUACUUUAGCUGGUCACCUCUCUGCCAUCUUCCAUAAGCGAACUCCGUCUACUAAGGUGAUCGAAACACAAAAGGACAUACCCUCCUUUACCCCGCUGUCCUACAGUCUCCAGACGUAAGCACUUCUUCGGCCGGGUCACGUAUUAAACCUAAAUGUUUAGCUGUGGAAGUUUGCGCGCUAAGCCAGUGCGAUCGCAGUUUUACCAUCCAAUGUAAGCAUUGCAUAAAUCAAGGUGUGACUAGUGUCAGUCAGACCAAAAGUCGCGAUCAGUUUGACCACGAGAGCAGUAAAAGGACUUAAUCAGACGCAGAGUGGACGGUCGUAACAAGUUAGGGUUAGCGCCUUUCCACGCAGAAAUAACAAAAAAUGGCACUGCGCUGGAGCCAGUGGCUCCCCCACCGGUUUUAUACGCGGUCGUUGAGCUGCAAAAUCAACACACGCAAACCAUUGCGCAAAAUGACAUUAGGCUCGUUUUUAUUAUUAAUGGCGCCUUACCUCAAUUGCUGUUAGCACCCGGUGUUGGAAUGUACUCACAACCUCUAGCUUAACUCCACUUGUCCUUCACCCACAGACCCCUUAUUUCCGUGUUUCGGUGAUCAAAGACGAAGUUGGCGCCGAAUUAUGCGGAGCCCUUAAAAAUAUUGUCGCUGUCGGUGCUGGCCUCGCUAACGGCCUCGGUUACGGCGACAAUACAAAGGCUGCAAUCAUUCGUCUUGGCUUCAUGGAGAUGAAAAAAUUCAUCUUCGAAUUCUUCGGUGACCGGUGUGAGUUUUAUUUCCUCGGGCUUACACUUGUUUCUUAAAAAAUCGGUCCCAUUUUUCCUGCGUUCAAAUACCGUACGUGUUGGUCUUGGAGUUUUGAACUCUGCCCCGCCAUCUCUUUUGCUGAAUGGUCCAGAAGUCCUUGGAUAACAGGACAUGUUGCCGAAUUCGAAACAGGUAAGAUAAGUCCCCUUUCGUCCCAGGGUUAGCAAAAAAGCGUAAACGAAAGGUAAAUGUGGGCAUCCUGUUCCUUUAUUUUUGUGAAAAUCGUAUUUGCUGUUCGAUUAGUUUUUGACCUUUUUUCUGAGAAAUAUGUUAGCGGUUUCAAAUUCAAUGCAAGUAUCCUAUAGCGACAUUUUCUGCGUUCUCUUCAGUGAAUUUGGGCCUCACUUUGAAUUUGUAUUAAUGUCGCUCAGUUCAUUUGUCUGAGACUCAUGCCUGAAUCCUUUAAACUGAACUGUAGUUUUGCCUUAAAAAUAUUCCCCUGCCGUUUUUAGGCUCCACUUAAACUAUGAUUCUUCUUAGCAAAUUAGCAAUUAAAUUGACAGCCAUUCAAGCCAUUAAGAUUGGACUUCGACUGUUGCCUCGGCAUGUUCUAGGUUUAUAAUAAACUGGAAUACAGUCAUUUUUUUCGCUAUUAAUACUCCGACGCGUCCCAGACAGUUUUCAUCUUGCCACCCUUGUUUACUACGACUGGCUGCCUAACUGCCUCUAGCUCUCACGAUGAGGUUGGAAGGAAGCUGUAGCUCUUAUCGGAGGAUCUAAACAACGAAAACGUAGUUGCCUAUGCCGACCUCCCACUAUAGCUUUUAUCUGAGAAUCUAAACAACAAACAUAUAGUUGCUUAUGUCGACCUCCCACUUCAGUACCUGCAUACGUCUUUCAACUGAUCAAGAGGCGACCUUUCGUGAAGCCCGAACCCUAACUUCCCUAACUUUGUAUAUCUUCUUAAAGAAAAUUUGGCUGCUAGGGACAUUGGCUCAGCUCUUUCGUCCGCAACUUCUUUUCAUCCUAAAACUAUUUCACCUUUGGCCGCAAAUCAAGUCGCUAAACACGAACCCACCCUGGCCGUAGUCAGAGCACUUACAACAACGCCACUUACAAGGCUCGACCAGCCGUCUCCAUUCGACAUUGGUUAGUCAGCAUGCCCAUUUUUCCCGCAACGAUGAUCACCCUCCACCGGAUGCGCACGCACAGCCCUUAGUUUUAAAGUCAGUAGAUUGAACACAGUCGAGAUUUGAUGGGACAUCGCCGAAAGUAGACCACCUUGUACAACGCACUUAUCGUUUUAGUGCAGUUCAAGUUUCUGGCCGAGGCGCUACGAACUUCCGAGAGUUAAGCGAAGCUGGUCCAAAUUCUCACUCCUCCCGACGUAUCCGCCUUUCCAGUUGCGCAUGGGUUCCAUAGUGUCAUUAAAUGGAAUUUCCCUAUGUGAGACACGCGUUAGACGGCAACUUCACGCCGCGUCGAUCACUGCAUCCAAUCUCAUUCGCAGUCGAUUUGACUGGGAGAGGCCAGCAAUAUAUGGAAGAGGCAAAAGAUGGAAUCGACCAAACAUGGGAAUUCACUAUAAACAACAAAACAUGCCUUCAAACGAUCGUGACGCGCCAACCGUUUUGGCUUUGACGAUUGUAAACUGAUAGUAGAAUGUUGUCCUACUCGACACUGAGGGUCAGGCUGCAAUGGUUUCCUUAUUUGGUCCUUCCGAUACCCUCACUGGACCAUUUUCGCUGCAGUUGAUCCGAGCCAACGCGGACACAUGGCUUGAGUUCUCCAUUACAAAAAUUCACGCAUAAGUCUUCACUGCUACUUACCCAGAAUAGUGAUGGUGUUCCUCGCUUGCGAUGGGCGGACUACUAAGUAAAAUUGGAUGAGUAAGGCUUUCACACAGAGGAUGACUCCCACGUCCCCAGUCACCAACUUCUCUGGGAGGUAGGUAUUAAUUUUGUAUCGAAAUUUCUACAUCCCACUGGUAAUUGGGCACAGUCUAUCCUAGAUGUGUGCGUUGACCUACCUUACUAGUAGCUAUCCUCAUUGAUCGUCAUCUGAGUGAUUUAACGCGCGGGUCGUACGUUUCAUUGCCGUUUGGAAUUUUUAUCAAUAGCAGCCCGGUCCCUCGAAGACCUUUCCAGGCCACUAGGUGAGUUUGGUGUAAUUUGUUUAGCAGUGGGUAAACAUUACUCGCCGUCUGCUUUGCAAAAAACCAGUGUAAUUACGAGCCAAGAUAGUUGCUGGAAUUUUUACACCCAGCGGCUGCUUCAAUCAGAUAGCGCGCAUAGGCAUUUUGCCGUCAUGGCCAUAUAGGAACAAAACAGCGAACCUGGGAGCAAGGUAAUUGGUUGUUCACGCACGCACUUUUCUGGCCGCCCAACUGGGGACAAAGGCUGCUAUCGUCACUGCCCCUAAGUUGACAGAAAUGCCAUAAAAUAGCCGAAUGCGGGAAGCGGUACAACACUUCCAUGUUUUCUGUGAUUAUCUUGGUAUGAGAGCAAAGUUAUCUUAUCCUCUGACCGCCCUUCUCCUUUCAUGAUAUCAUAACCACGCCUUUGCGUCGUCUUUUGAGGCAAGGCUUUGGAGUAACACAACGAAUCCAUCUUCCAAAAUAUUGUGAUGGUACUUCAUUGUCGGACGCCCCGCUGUCACUAUGUCUUGAGACAAUUAUGGUCAAGGACUCGUGCGCGCGAACUCGCCCUCCGUGAGCUAUGUAAAAUAGGAUGUUUUUUUUUAAUUGGGAGAUGUCCUCAGUAGUGAUCACCAGAUGUCGGGAACAGUACGCGUCUUAACUAAGCUGCUAUUUAAAAAGCGUUUGAGACUUGCUGGUGGUGUAAAUUUUACGUGCAACCCGAGUUGCUAAAGGAGGGGUUUCUUUCAAAACACAACUGUGUUGAGACAUAUCGCCAUGGCGGACUUCUCAUGAAGACGCACUUUGUCGGGCACCUUGUCGUAGUAAGUAGUCCUUAAGCCUAACUCACCAUCCUUUGUAAAACCUCGUGAGUGACUGAUCAUUGUAUUGAUCUGCGCAUUCACUAUUCGAGUAAAGGAAACUAGUUUGCUCCUAUUGCCAAUAGAAGCGAACAGGAGAGUUCCAGGAAGCAGUUCAGAAGAAGAAGAUGCGAUCGCUAGAACAAGAAGUUUAUUGGCCUGACGUUUCGGAUUCCCACUCGAACCUAUAAUCAUAUAGUUACAGAUAAAGGUCGUGGAGGCACAAAGACAGCAGUAUUUAUAGCACGUAGUUGCCGUGGCGCCACAUGGGUACUAUAAUUAACAGCUCUCGCGACCGCCGCUGAGGGUCGUAAUUGAAGAGAUGAUGGCUCGUCAGUCCGGGUCCAAGUCGUCAAUUGCCGCAAUUCCAUCAUGCGUGUUGGAUGUUGGCUUAAUCAUGGCUCGACGAUUUGGUUUGCUGUCACCAGGAUUGUUGCUCGCCCGCACCGUCCCCACGUGAAUGAUUCCCCUGCCCAAGGAAUAUCUCAGCACCGAAUAUGGUACCGGGAGGUCCUUGCGCUUGUUGAUGGACUGCCGGCCUGAGAAUCAUGAUUCGAACAGUUCGCAACUCGCGGUUGUCAGCUCUUGCAAGAAUUUCGACCUCUUGAAACUUGAAAAUAUGGCCGGGCUCCAUAGAAUGAGCUGCCACCUGAAAGCUAGCGUCUUUCCUCCUCACCGCUGCUGCGUGCUCAGUCAUCCGCAUACGGAGUAAUCUUCCGGUUUCUUCGACAUAGUCGUUCAUUCCGCAAUUGCACCAGAUCCGGUAAACGACUCCAAACGUUUCCUUCAUGGCAGCGGAUCUUUCGGCCUCAUGACUUGGUGCCUCAUGGUUGCCUCCGGCCUGUGUGCAACCCCAACUCCAAGUGGAGUGAGGGGGCGGCUGACGAUUUCGGAGACGUUCCUCACGUACGGAAGAGGUCGCCAAAAUUUAGAACCGAUUGGACUUGGUCUCUGGUCUCUGCUGUCUUUGUGCCUCCACCACCUAUAUCUGCAACUGUCUCUGAUGAUCGGUUCGAGUGAGAAUCCGAAACGUCAGACAAAUAAACUUCCUGUUCCAGCGAUUGCAUCUUCUUUGCUCUUAUUCCCUGGACAGAUCACAGAUGUGGAGACUGGAAAAUCCCAACUCAAGAGCACGGACAGUUUGCUAUUUCAAGAAGAGCAGCUUAACAAUAUAGGCUUGGCAAUACUUACAGCAUGUUGCCUAGUACUAUUUAGACGUUCCGCCUUAUUACUUACCUAUCUAAAGUCGGGAUGUUUGAGUCAACAAAGGCAUGAUAUCCCGCUAGAAAAGAGGCACGUAUGACCUCUUCUCAUUCACAUACUAGUAGGAGCCGGCAGGUUGUCCAAGAAGGGUUUAAUAUUACCUUCGUGGUUUAGAAGGAAUGCCUAAAACAACAUCUUCUGGAAGUCUCGGCAGAUGUCGGCCAAAUGUUUUGUCAUCCUCUUGAUAGGCAUAACUCGGAGUUGUCUGCCUCAUUUAUGCUUUUUACGUGGACAAAACGUAGUGUCAGUAUCGGAAAAACGCCAACUGGUGCGUGUGUGGCAAAACCCAUAGCCUUGCAAAGAGUGCAAGUACUUUUACGCAUGCACUCAUGGCAAGGAGAACAAGCUGGUUGUUCUCACUUAAAGUAAAGGACAUUCUUUUUCAGUGCACCUUCUGGCUAAAACAUUCAGGCAGUCAGGACGCAUUGUUACUAAGACGGUUCAGUGAGCGUAAACAAAUCAGUUUUCCCAGACAGCGGCUCUCCUGUGACGAAGGACUAAUCUAGGUCUGUUUUAGGUAGGACACGGAAAUAUGAACCCCCAUAUUACGGGUGGCCUUACGCCUAAAUCCGGGGGGUAAGGCACUAGAGUAACGACCCCCCCCCCCUCCCCCGUAAUACAGGUGAACUUGCGCUAAACGCCCAUUCCCGUUCUUCAAUCCUAACACUAACCCAAACCCUACACUGAACCCUAACCCCAAUCUCCCUGAAAUUCGUUGCAAGUGCACUUGUAUUCAGGAAGGUUUCUGUUCCAUCAUUAGGGCUGGGGUUAAGGUUAGGACACCGUAAUAGGUAAUCUACCGGGAUUUAUCCCGAGGCUACUUAUGGUACGGGAGGAGGGUCCGUAUCCCCCAGCCCGACCCUGCUUUAAUUUACAAAGUAAUUUUCGCUGGGAAGCAUUGUAGAUACAUGACUUGUAGUUCCAGGCAUCUUGCAGGAAAAGAGUUUGUCUGAAAGACGUGCUUGCCACAAUGACUUCCACAUAAUAUUACCUUUCAUAAUGGCAGUUUGUUUCCAGGAUACCCGCUACACUGGUCACUCAAGGGAAGUUGUAAAUCACACAUUCUGCUUACUCCAUUGAAAAGGGACAGAGAGCUCUUUGUUUAGCAGAUAAUUCCGCCAUUAUCACCUCUUUUAACGCGUGCCAUUAUUACCUCCAGGUCUCAGCUGCAUUAUUCCAGGCCCAUACAGUUAGUAACCUAAGUCAUGAAAUGUGUCGAAAUUUACGAAUGGUUGCCAAUCACUCGCGAACCGACACCAUUUCAUGCGUCCAACAUCUAUGUUAAUUAAGUAAAAGUCUAAAAGAAUUAAAAACAUAAAAGAAAUACCAAAGGCAGUUUUGCGUUGUUUAGAAAUGUCGGUGUAUUUUGAGAAGCACAAUAUCCUGGAGACGUCAGAAAUGGCUCUAAUUUAGUAAACUCCGUUUUAGGUGUAAAGAAUGUAUUCCCAUACUAAAACGUAGUAAAUAUCAAAGUAGAAAUAAAAUAACGUCAAAUAAUAGUUCUUUAGUGAAGUUUACAUCUAAAUAUAGUUUAAUAAUUAGUGUGAUUUCAUAUAUAACGGUUUGCCAACUACCUACAUUUUGAGUGUAGAUUCCAAAACAGUUUUCCAGGGUUUCGUGUUAUCCUUGAGUCUUUUGAGUUAAAUGAGAUGGGGUUCAACAAGAGAAACUUAAAUUUGCUUGACUUCACCGAUGGGGACUUCGUAGGAAGAAAAGUUUUCAUAAGGUGACAUACCAUAAAUAGAACUGACAGGCGUGAUCACAACCAUACCAUUCUGUGUUUAUAGAGAGAACUUUUCUUCCGUUAAAUUAAGUUACACUUUUCGUUCGUUUUGGGUUACGUUGAAUUUCAGAUCAGUCUCGAAGUGUUGCCGAAUACUUCAAGAUUUGCAAUGUUUUCACGCGAUCGUCCAUAAAGACUGAUUCUGAAUUACCUGUCUGUUGAGAACUUUAGAAUUAGAUUAUUCUUGAAGGCAUUUACCGAUUUAGUGAGUGUUCGGGCGAUCCUGUUCACGAAGAUGGUCGUUUGAAACUUUUGGCCGUUUCUUUCGCGUUUCUGAACAAUACUAAUAUUUUUCUACCGUAAACGUAAGAACAUGCCUUCCUCUAUACAUUAGGGCCAUUUCCACUGUUUUUGCUCGCUUUUGAACUCCGUUCUUCGAUUAUGAAUGCACUACAGAGCGCCCAUAUAAGUACUGAUAUUGUGCUGAAACUGUUAAUGUUUUGCUCGUUCUAUUUCUGAAUAAGACAUGCGCAGAAGCUAAGCUACUCGACACACAGUGUUUCAUAUGUUCAAAACUGGAAAUGACCAUUCGGUGGUCAUUUAUGUGACAUCGGGUAGGAUUUUCCAAACGGCAAAACAAUUUCAGCCCAUUUAAACGAAGGAAUCCCUAUCUACGUUAUUACUGGACUUUAUUCACCAAAUCGCACAGAUCUGCUAAUUUGACACUUAGGAACAGAAAAAACCUCUGGUUUUCUUAAAAUAAUCGUUGCGUUUGCAAGUUCAUUACCACGGUUAACAUCGGACAUAAAAUAAAUUUUCCAGUUCGGCUAACUCUGUUCAUUAAAACUCUCGCGCGUAAAUUACUAUCCUUUCUAUAAACAAGUCGCUCAGAUGCGUAACCGGAGUCUAGGACAUGUAUUAGCAUAAGAAAUUGCACAAAUAUAUUCCAACGUCCAUUUUCACUAAAAUAUACUGAUAUUUUACUUGAUAUUACUACGUAAACACAAUUUAUGUACAAGAAAAGGACAUCAUAUUGAAGAAAGUGGAUUAGCGAACAAAAUGCGCAACGUUAAAGACGUCCAGAACUUCUCUCACCAGUUUCCAUUAGCAGAUUUCAUGCGAUAAGUCACGUACUAUAUGUGUUUUUAAAGUGUACAAUGAUAGUCCCGUGUCGGCGUCCGAGGGUUGCUACUUAAUUGUUUGGACUCGGAUUCAAGCCUCGGGUGUGCCGUCGGAGGGGGGAGGCUGGGGAAUUAAGGGCUGGUGAUGGCAACUAGGCCAGAAAUAACCAUUUAAGUGUCUUUCUUCGCGGACUAAACGUCUCAAUCACUUAUUGCUAGUCGCCCUGAGACGGCAUGUGUGGAAUGUAGACCUACAGUUCCAAGGCAAAGCGGAAAUGCAAAUUUUCAUCUUGCAAUUAGGAUAGCUAGAUGCACGCCACGCUCACGUGAUCGUUUAGACGCGUUUGCUAAGGUCAUUAGCCGGCAGUUGAGCUUCUCGAGCACAAUUUGACCGCCUCAAUAACCCCGAUAGUUUCCUUUUCUCGCCUUCACAUCGGCCCAGCAUCCAACACCCCACUCUCUCUUCUGCAACUUCAAUUUUGCAUAAUUCGCUGAGGAUAAGCUUGGUAUAUAUCACGCCUCCACGGGCGUGAUUCACACGUGAGCUGGUUAUCUUCACAGCUCCGUUUUUGGACUUAUAUCUCUAAUACCUCGAUUAGCCCCAAGCUUCCUAUAAUGUCGUUGGGUUCUUUGUUGUUUUUCUUCAGGAUUUCCACAUAACUAGCUAACUGCAAGUUACUAAUCUAACAAAUGAUGUCGUUAUGGCAUAAGCAUGUUGUCCUAGUAUGUUAAAACUGUGCUUGUCGCAACCAUUGGGCGCGAGGUCAUCCAACACGCCCGCCCUAAAGACAACCUUAGGGUCUUUUGAGUUCGAGUCGAUUUCGACUGGGGACGAUUUGAAUGCUACUAAACGAGGACUUCCUAACCGAAUGUGAAGAGAUUAACUUGGCUACAUGGCACUGCUGUGUCGAGGACCUAAAGACGUCCACCUACGUCGAGUGCAUAUCUUUACAGGUGUAAUGCCUAAGCACGACCAAUGAAAAUCUUAUACCUCGUUUAACGUUAGGUUAAUUUAGCCACCCUCUAAGAUGCUCUGACUUCUGCUUAACCUCCGGCCCCUGCAAACCACAUUUCGAAAAACAAUGUGCUUGGUGCACGGCCGCCAACUGUAAAUGCGGCACUGAAUUCAGUCGCACAUAUAUUUACUUCUACUGAUAGUUGACAAGAUAUUGGGAGUUGGUGGAGCGAGUGGGUUUUAACCAACACGACCAUCAGACCACCUGCCAUGGUUGACAUGAGAAGACGAAAUAGGCCAGAAUGAGGAGUCCAUUCUGUACUGAACCCUGCACUGCUGUCUUGGGCGGCGGUGGCUGCUGCCGAGGCGAGGGCGUGGGCUGACUGUCAAGUCGUGCCCGAUAGGGUGCGAGAAGUCGGUUGCGGCCAUUUUGUGUUUUUCAAACAGGUUCAGGGAUAUAAGAACUUAUUUCACGCGUCCCGCACGUUGAAGAAUGGGUGAAGCGACUGUCCGGACGUGUGGGAAUCUGUAUUACGAUUAACACCAUAUAGGCCUCGGUGGCGCCCUCACUCAGGCGGAAUCCAAGCCACUUCUGUUGUUUCUGUGUAAACCCGAUCAAUCGUGCUCCGAACAGGUCUUGUGUGGCACGCGUACACAGGCGGUUUAGCCUUGUUAACCACUGCCCCCGAUCCCUUCCUGGUCUUCCCUCGGGGCCCAGGAGGAUGAGAGAGGGAAUGCCGCAGAUGCUGCGCAAUUCUACUAUCUCUGUUAGUUAAUCCACGUGAAAGUCACAGUCCCUGCGCUUACAACACUCUGGGCACACAGUGGACAUCGUCUUUCGCUACGAUCGAACUGACAUUGCGGUCACCUAAGGCAAACGGUCGAAUUGCAACUUCAGCACGUCAAUGGACAUUUACACUGAAGGUGAGUGACCGUAAAGCAAUAGAACAUUAAACAGGGGUGCCUUGAGCCAUUUUUGUACUCAGCUAAAAGUCCAAGUCGAUUUUGCCUGUUUGAUCUUAACGUUUGCUCUUUUUACUAACCUAACAUGUCAAAAGCUGUUUCGGGCCGGAACACCACAAAGUUCAGAGCCUGUUUACAGUGGCACCUUAUGAUAAAAUAUUGCUUCCGUCGCUUAUACGUGAGCUUAUGGGGAAUGGGCGAUCUGGUGUUCUAUGCAGGUUCUCUGGAAGACUAGUUUGGUAAAAUGACACUGCCAUAUGGCGUCCUUGGCAUCAAAAAUUCACCAUCCACGACUCCUUUUUCGAAUACCACUAGACCCACCUGGCAAGCCCUGAAGAACAAUAACCUGCUCCGUCUGUCCUCUUGUUUUUUUGUGCAUAUUUGUGACAGCGGGGGGGGGGAAAUUGCUGGGCACAAGUCACUCCAUAUUUUAGGAUUUCCACCCUGGAAUCCUAUUCUUGGUUGAACGAGGGUCUCGACAUUGCCCUCCAGAGACGUGGGGCGACGUGAGAUUGACGUCUCUCUAAAACAUCUACUAACGCCGGCUCAGUAGACAUAAAGCACCACCAUUAUUUUUCUCUUUUGAUACCAGGUUUCUUUUAUGUUCGGGCUCGUUGGUUCACAUCAAAUGCUCGGAUUCCACUUACUGCGUAGAUCACCACAAUUAGAAUUUGCUGAACAAACACACUGAACUUGGAAACUAGGCUUAAUAUGAGUCUCUCAUAAAGAUCUGGCGGAUUUUUGCAUAUAACUGUCAUCAAGUCGUAAGUGGUUUACCAUACUGACAACAAGCGUACUCCAACUUUGCGUAUUAAUUUCCUCAGAAGUUGAACAAGAUAACUGUUGUUUGGUCUUGACGAUAUGUUAGUCUGAUGAUAAGGUGUGUAAAGACAUGCUCAGAUGAAAGUUCGUCUUUAACAGCUUAGUAGGCCGUCUUCAAGCCACUAAACAACGACAGUUCGGCUUCUUGUUCCAGAUUUGAAAAAUGACUUCUCAGCCGUUCGCAUUUAAAGAGUGAAACCGCUGGAAGAUGGAGAUUCCGGCACACGAAAAUUUCCUUACUUGUCAUCUGUAUGGAGGAGUGGACGCAGUAAGGAAACAAGAGGGGUCAAAGCAAAAAUUGGAUGUUAAGGUUCAUUUAAACCUGUGCCAAAUCGACCAUUGCCAUCAAAUGUAAUUAUGAUGAUAUUGUGUCGUCGUUAAUCUAUAGUCUUCUUUGUGCUGGUGGAGACACGAACGACAAAGCCUUUAAUUGUAUUAAAAUUGAGCAGCAAACAUCAGCUAUUGACGGACAUAUCUGCGCAAACUUGACAUCAACGCCUAUUUCACUGGCAUCGAGAAAAUAAGUGUGUAUUUUUUGGAGGAAUUAUCAUCCCUCACGUUGAGGCUUUCAAUUUGACGUAAGCGUUAGUGCCGAAAGAGUGUUUAUCAGGUCUUGUAUAUUCGGUAGACUUUUCCCCUACAAUAACACUGAGCCGUCUUUUGACAACGUCUAGAGCGCGUCUCUUGGAUUGCUGGGAGAUUUUAUUUGAGUUCCUUAUAUUACGUAAGAUAGAGGAGUUGUGUCAAAUUCUCCGUCUCGUUUUGACGGCCUCCGAGAGACGCAUGCCCAAUAUCCAAUUAGAUUGCGUCGUGCAUAUCUGCUUUAGUUGGCAAUCGUUAUUGCCAAACAUUUCCGUUUAGCUCGUUUGUAAAUCCGUCAUUCUCUCGUAAUCGACUAACAAACAUUGCGGUUAGAAUGGAUGAUUAAGUGUUUUGCUCAAUUAAUAGGAUCCCCCAAAUGAACCACACCACACAAAAACGGGGAGCAUGUUGACACGUGGUAUGCGCUUAUCGGACUUCGGCGAGUCUACGUGAGCAUAUGCGUGCGGCAUAUGCCGUCGUGGUGAUACGCCUAGGUUCGGGUCCGGCCGGGGCCAUCCACCUGCGCUUUCCCCCUCUCUCGGUCUUCUUGACUAUGUUUUGACACCGGCUCCAGACGGGAGGAGGGGCGGGUGCGGUAGAUGCUGUGCAAGUCUGAUCACUGUAACCUAAUUCACGUGCAAGUCAUUGUGCCGCUUCGUCUUCCUGUCGAGCACAGGGUGGACAUCGUUGGGCUCGACAGUCGAACUGUCGUGUAGACGACAUAUGCCGUGAGGGCCAGACACGGGUUGAUGUCCACUGGCUACCGUGCCUGGUCGGAGAACUGGGACAGGCCACUGGCGCAUGGGAUAGAAAAGAUAUAGUGAAACUGACUAUAGGAAGCGCUUCCUCGUGGCAGUUCAGCGUAUACCUAUAUCAUAAAUCUGGCGCUCUGUAAACUGUCAGCGCGUGCUAAAAGUUUUGGCUUGAAGGACUGCCAACUGUCGGGAUAACAUGACCCUCCUUUGAGAUGAGGGCCAAACUGCAGUGGCUCCUUUGUGUGUUUUUCGUGACACAUACUCUUGUAUAGCAUCCAGGCCUCCCUUCGAGGCUUGGUGCAUGUGGAGUUGGGGACCAGGCAGCGUGUGAGACGCGCAGGCGGGCUCUUUUUUGCCAGCCAGUGGGCCCAGGCUCACCUUUGAUCGUCUUAACUUGGCCUUGAGAUCACGGUGCGAUAGGCGUGGGAGUAAUAAUGAAGUGAGGCAGACGAGACGCUGGAUUGUUGCACUAUUGGCAGUUCGACCUUCACGACCGUCGAUAUCCACCGUGUGCUUCACAGCAAGGUGAAACAGGCGCGGUGACAUGCGCAUGAGUUAGUUUACAGUGAGAGUAGAUUUGCGCAGCAUCUAUCGCACUCUCUCUCUCUCUCUCUCUCUCCACCUGGGUCCGGUGUCGAGACAAAGUCAAGAAGGCCGGAGGUGAGGGAGGCGCAGGUGGAUGGCGUGGCCGGACCCUCACUUAGUCGUACUACUCCACACCCCCUGGUCCACAACAAACACGUGCCCAGGAUUUUAACCAGCAGCAAAACAAGCGGGUCAGAAAGAAGAGGAUGACUGGGCAAACAUGCACACGACCUGUAUACCCAGCGGGAGCGCAAGCGCAUCUACCGGCCGAGAACCAGGUGCCAUGGAAGUGCCAGCACACACCAGGUCGCGAGGGCCAUGGUUUGCAGACUCAAAUCUUAAGCCGCACUUUUACAAAAAAAUUCACGCGUAAGUAUCCAGUGCCUUCUUUUCUGGGCAGAAGUGCAACUUUGUCACUCGCAAAGGUCGGGGCUCUAUCUAUUCUUAAGUAUUUUCACCCUUCAUCUGACUGAAGUACCCAUUAACUCUUCUUGCUGACAGGCCCCGACUGGACGAUUUUGCUGUCAGCACGUGUUUCUUUGUUUGAGAAGUCCAAAUUGCAUGGUGAAGAUCUGUUUGCUCAAUAUGACCAAAUGUUAAGGACCUAAACUGUUUUUGGCGUCGUAGCGCCAUUCUAUGUCGGUACUGAAAAGCAACGACGGUUUAUCUUUCCGUAUUCCUCAAUGUUGUUUUACCAUGGUGUCACGGCGUCUUGGCCACUUCGGCUGGUAUACAGACGUUAUAACACGAUGUAGGAAACUGCUUGUUUAACCGAGACGGUCAAACUAGUUCGUUAGAGGACGUUAACUGAAAUUUGCUGCUACAAUUAAAUCUAACGAGGCAGUUUUCAAAAAGACUUUCGUCAUCCGUGCCAUAAUUUAAGUCAGCAUUUGGGAUAUUUGUGGCUCAACGGGUUUUGGUAAUUUAUCUACUCAGCCGCCUGCAUUGAAAUUGCGAACAAAUGCCAGUGCAGCAGUUCAGACUUUUUUCAGCGACUUGUCCCAAAAUGUACCUCUUAUGGUACAAGUUAGACAGAAAACAGCCGACUUUAGAAACUUCGAAGGCAUUAAAAACUAGAUUAUUGAGCUUAUUCUCGGCUGCUGGAUCGAAGUCUGUCUCCAGCCAAUAUCCACAUUACCGUCCCUUUCCGCUACACGCAAUUCCAGCUCCUUUGAGUGCACACACGGGCAGCAGAGGAUUACGUAGCCGCGAGCAAUUUUCGCUUGCUAUCGCGUAUUUCGACAAUCAAGUUUGGCCAAGGUCCUGUUUUCUCGCCGUCUCCUCUCGUUGGCUUUUCUGCUCACUCAUGUCCCUCUAACACCAAGCUCUCCUUACCUUCGCUCGUUUCGUCUAUCGCAGCGAAUGAUUUACGCUGUCUGCCACCAGGACAAACAAAUCAGACCGUGUGCAGCGCUACCACCACCAUCCCACUCCGGCUCUCACCCAACCUCGUGCAGCCUUACAUGUCUUUUACGCAUGCGUUCUGCCCUCUCUCUCUCUCUCUCUCUCUCUCUCCCUCUAGCCUUCUUUUUGGACAUUGCCUUAGGCACCGUCCCUGCCUCUCUCUUCAGAGAGUCAGUAGCAAUACUGGUGGGAAAUAGUUGGGAUACAUUCUCCUCUGGCCGUUUCAUUUUGCUAUAGACAGACAUAGCGAACAACCAGCCUCUUUUGUUGGUCUCACUCUGCUCCCUCCACCUCCUUGUGGGUAAACAUGCGCUUGCGUACAUGUCAGGACAGGGGGGGACAGGUAUGUACAGUAGCCUCUUCGGCUGUCGCUGCUGUCGUUACCGCAGCUCGAUGACUUCCGCUCAGGAGACGGAAUGCGACGAGAGAGAGAGAGAGGGAGAUGGAUUUGUCGUCAGACUUUCUUAUAGUCCGCCUCCCUCACCCUCAACCCGAGAAUCUGUUCUUUCUGUGUGCAAGCGGACAGGGAGAAAAGUUUUGCCUGUCUCAUGCGUCCGUCCGCCCUCCUGCUUGGCUUCAUAUGUGUGUGUGUGCGUGCCUGUUCGCGUGUCCAUCAGUCGACUGACAGGCAGGCUCAGGCCGUCAGUGCAGGAGGCAGGGGAGAGCAGGGCCGUUACCAGAGCAUCGUUCCCCGUGGAAAAUAAGUGCAUCCCCUACUACAGUGAAUCCGACGCGAUUGAACCUAUGACGACGCGGUAAAAGUCGUGGCGUGGAAGGUCGCCACCUGACGGCACAAGUCGAUCCUCGUUUUUAACGGGAAUCAGACGACAGUGGCCCCUUACUGUCCUUUAUAGCAUGCGAUAGACGGCGACUUCGCGUCACCGUUGGCCACUGCGCUCAAUGACAUUUCUACCUACAUGACUCGAUCAAUUCACUGGUUUAUAUGGGGGGGGGGGGGAGGUGGGUAAAGCUGGAUCAAUUCAGCACUUAAGUUCUUGACUGUGGGCAACUGCUCGCUCUGAAACUGUUACGACGCACUAAGAGUCGUGACUUGGAAGUCUGCAAACUGACAGGAAGUCUGCAAACUCAGGACCGAAGGUCAGGCUGCAACUACUCCCUUACGGCACUCUCACUUGCAUGAGACUAGGGCCUUCCUCCUCUGUCUUUGGAGCCUGGUACGUGUGGAGUUAGAGGCCUGAUCGUGGGCUGCAUUCGUAGAUGGGCUGCCUAGUUUUGUCAGCAACUGAGCCCACGCCCACCCCUGGUCGUGUAAACUUUUCCCUUCCAUAGGAAGACCGUGACUGUUGGGAGCGUACGUCAGAUGCAACGCAGAUCUGCUUCACCAUAAACAAUUUCUUUCGUAAAUCACUAAUGUACCGUCCUUAAAGUUGGCUUACUUCGUCUCCCGAAAUGGUCUUGCUGUUGUGCGUUUUCGGUAUGCUCUUAGCUGCCCGCCAACCACAGAAAGGUGCGAAUAAAUGUGAACCACCCCCUUCACAAUCUUACCGGUUUUUCCGGAGUGACUUAAUACCGUAAACCGAGACGACCUCGGGAAGGCAAUGAUGACAUUUGGAUGUUUUGUUCGGUUAACUCUGAUGGUUGGCUAACUUAAUGCCGACGCGUGGGGGACAAUAAGUCAACGGUGGAGGGCAUUGCAUUUACAAACAUACUUCAACUCUCACAGCGCUGGUGGGCGCCUACCGACACAACCAGCCAAGCAUCGGCAUUAAGAAUCGGGCUUACGACCGUGUGCGGGCCGUCGCAAAAAUCUCUCAGACCAAGAUACUUGCCCUCAUUUUGCCGAUAAAUGUGCAUUGUAAACCAUAAUUGGAUCGGUCAUGCAGCGAAAUUUGCAUCUUUUUGUUCUCUGUUGUACUGUUUGUUGUACUGUUGAAUACAUUGAACCCACGAGAACUGGUACGGGUAAUGGAGGUAGACCAAUUCUCUUACCUGGGCAGCAUAAUCUCAUUGUCCAUAAAAACGACGAGUGGAUUUCAGCCCAGACCUCCAAAACUAGCCUGGUCUUCAGUGGUGUUAAAUUUUCAAUCGAGAAUCGUCAGGGCAUCCUCCUCAUUAUGAAACACUGGAUUUGAGUGACUGCCACCCUGGAAAUAUUCCUCUAUGACAGGGAGGCUUAGAUAAUGUCUCAAAGCCUAAACGAGGAAGCUGAGCCAAAUCUAUCUAAACUGCCUUCGACGAAUAUUAAUGGUUAGAUUGCAGGGACUAAUCCCGGACACCCAGAUCAUUUACUUGGCUGGUAUGGCAAAAAUCUCUGUCAUCUUGAAGGACGUACAAUUUAGAUGGAGGACCGCGUCAUUGUGAUUAUUGGAGGGGGAGGGGGGGUGUCUACCUAAACGACUUUUCCGCGGUGACCUAGCUAUAUGUGCGAUUUGAGAAGACCACUUUAGUAGGGUUGAGAUACCAGUUACUGUACAAAAUAAAAGAUAUUUUAGCCACGCCAGGAUGCCGGCCUAUAUACUUAAUCGGUUACUGUGCUGUCUGACUCGCGCAUAUGCGUUAACUACUCCAUCUUUCAAAAAUCCUAUACAUACGACAGUGGUUAACUGCGUCAGAGCUUUUACUCAUGGAAGACUGUCUGUCCUUGCUUAUGAUGAACUGUUUGUAUGUGUCCUUCCGUUUACCACGAUAACACGACUCCGCCUGUCAUUCCUUCAACCACCGCCAAUACCGCCGCCAUCAACACUAUAAUAAUCUUGACUUUGAAGUCUGAUCAUGGACCUUUGCGCAGCCUAAAAGUAAACCAAACUACCCUUCACCGUUGAAUAGUGCUAUCGGCGAAUAACUGGAGGUGGACGAAUAUUUGAGUACAUUAGAAAAAGGACGAACGUUCGAACGCUGCUGCCUUCAUAGGGACGCAAUGCUUUUUAGGUUGCCUAAUUGAUAACACGGAGGAUCACGAUUGCUUACACCCAAGAUACGUCGGCCCACGCUUCCUCAGUUAACACAAUGCCCUCGCUUACCUACUAACAUAUUCGUCACUGUAUAGAGCGAGAAAUACAACUGUGAUGGGACAUAAUUAGGGACUGGUGGCGGGAACAGUCAAUUAUAUCUGUCGCUGUUGUUGUCGGUACAACUGCUAGGGCAAUCGCAGCCCUAUGUGACUUAGUGGUGAAGGACAGGAUUGGUUUAUGACUCUUCGAGCGCUAUGAUUGACGUCCCGUUACUGAUACUGUUCUGACUUUCGCGAUAUGGAAGGUAGCGCUUAUUUUCCCCCAGCUAACAUAGACAGAAAAGUGUGAAAAUAUACAUGUCUGUGUAUCUCCAAAAACUGUUUGAGAAAGAGGCAUCCUAGUACUACCAGAGGGUUUUCUUGGGUUCACCUUCCGGAAAAUUUGUCAUGCACCUCUUCGAGAUCAUGUGAUUGACUUGUUUUUCUGCAUCUUAUUGCCAUUUCCGGUCACGUUUCAUCAUUGUCCCUCUUUAUUCAGUCUUCGUGUGAUCUCGCAUUCCGUAAAAUGUUUUCCUCAGGCAGCGGCAACGACAGUUCUACUAACCCCUUGUUUGUCCUCCUUUUUCGGUUAUCUACGUAUGUGACAAACCUUUUUCGCCAGGUCUUUGCGGCGCAUGACUAGGCUAAGGUUCAGGAAUAAGUUCGGACUAUCUCCGUCUUUUUCCUCGCCUAUCUCUAUCAACCAGAGCGCAUGCGCUGAAAUAUUGUACGUUCUUACCACCAGCGAAUGAAAUGGUUUACCUUCUUGAGCCAUUCGUGAGUAGCUCGGGAACAAUCAAAAUAUUUCCUUAGUUUUACUGGAUGCCUGCCUUCAGCGGCAGAAGCAGCAUUACCACUACCCGGUAAAUAGGUUGUGCCAGUGUACUGUGCAAUUUUUCAUGAACCAGCAGCGCAUGAGAACUCGUUAGGGACCGACAUGCAGCCUUUAAACACAACUUUGCUCUCUACCUGGGACGCUGGUACUUUUGUCGACGACUAACACUAAAUUGCACUAACUCCACUCAUUUCUUCUUAAACUUAGUAACACUGAGUAAGUGUUUUAGUUCAAACUGAAUAAAACCGAUAGAAGUGUUUUUUUUGUGAGGACUCGCGGUAGACAGUCAAGCGCCACAUCACAUCACCGAUGCAUAUUUAGUCAUUCAAGAGUUCCUAAGGCCAUUUUAGUAAAACCCAUUGUGAAUACGGCAGCCGCCCUAUCACCGCCAAGGUCUGUUUUGCAUGAAAUAAUCGAAAAUUUCAUUCCGGUCACUAAAGCUGUUGAGAAAGCGUUGGUUUUUAUUUCUCCCCCACUUUUUCUCCGCCCGACCCGCCGAUAAGAUCCCGGCCAGAGCACCGGAAGUCUGCGGCUUUCGAUUUUUCUUCUCCCGCGUUUGGUUUGUCUAUAUGCUUAUGGUUUUUGCACGACGCCUUGCGACUGCAUGUACAUGCGUAUCAAUAGAACAGAUCUAUUUCUAUGCCACUGAUUGGACCUUACGAUAAUAACUGAGUAUGCAAAUGAGUUUGGUUUGAAGGCGGCGCGGGUGCGGUCAUUCACAUUAGUUAUUUCGGAACUUUCCUAGAACCUUGUACUUGUUUUUAUGAUCUUGUAGGCUGUGCCCAUCGGUUUUGCCCGCCUGUUUCCACCUACUUGUCCCUUUGAAUGAGUCAAACCUCGCGACCAUACGGAAAAAGGUUCUCUGUCGAACGACUUCUAUGUCACCUAACAUUUAAAUUCAAUCAGGAGUGGGCGGACACCGAUCCACUAGCUUUCCGAAGCAAGAAAGUUCCGCAUGGAAGGCAAAGGUCAUGACUAUCUGCGCCGUUUGCAAACGCAUGUGAUGGUGGGCGUGAUCAUGAUUGACUGAGUGAAGGCAGAACAAGCCCGAGAUAGUUCUGUACCAGUCCACUCACAUGCUCCAUUGUCCCCCCCUCUAAAUUGAAAUUGAUGAGUUCCUUGAUGCCCUUGUCUAACUUUUUAGGCGUGACAUACUUUGUAUUACGCCCUCGAAUUUACUUCAGACGCUAAAAAAGGCCUAUAGAAUGUGUCGUUUCUUGCCUUAGGAGUUUGUUGUUGUAAUUACACAGAAACUUCCGCCACGGUGUGCUGUUUUUUGUAUAUAUCUGAAAACUUCCCAUUCCACGGGAAAAUGGCAUUGAUAUUAGUGUUUUGUAUACCCAAAGGUUUUGGAUCCAAAAAACUCUCUGGAUAAAAUAAUUUUAUAGAACAGGAGCCAUUAACCACUAAGUUGAAUGCACACGAAGGUGAUUGGGCGAAAACUACAGAAUACACCUCACUGCUGAUGGCACAUUGACACCAAUUCGUUUUAGCACUACUCGGAAAACAUGAUUUUUUGAACUUCAAUUUAUUAAAUUGAAACUGGCUCCCCCUAAUUGCGGUCAAGCACUUAUCUACAUUCUAUUCGGAAACUGGGAGAGAUUGUGUUUCGUGUGUUGGCUGACGUGCAGAAGUAUUAUGCAGAGCGUUUUAAGGGCAUAUCUUUCUUCCCGUCCACCUAGCUCCCCUCGAGUCCACAUUUCUGGAGAGCUGCGGUGUUGCUGACCUUAUCACAACUUGCUAUGGAGGACGGAACCGUAAGAUCGGCAUCGCGCUUGCGGAGACAGACAAGCCCGUCUCCGUGCUGGAGGGCGAACUGCUCGGCGGACAGAGUGCUCAGGGUGUGCUCACAGCGGCGGAGGUGUAUUCGAUGCUCUCAUCCAAAAGAUUGGAGCAUCAGUUCCCCAUCUUCAUCACCAUUCAUUCAAUUUGCCAGCGUAAAGCCCCAGCUAGCAGUUUUAUAGCGUGCCUUCGUAAUCAUCCGGAGCACAUUUAG